AUGACUGACAAAUGGGAGGCCUUCAAAAGUGUGAUGGCUUGGCAGACGGCACUGGGCACUCUCAACCCGAACCCCACAGAUAACUGCCCCCUCUACCUGACGUAUGCCACAGUGGCUGCCUUACCAUCGCGAGUCAGUCGGCACAACAGCCCAUCAGCAGCACUGUUCCUCACCCGUCUGGUGCGAAGCUGCCUACCUGGAGGAGUGAAUCGCUGUAUUUUGAUGGUAUGUGAGCGCUCUGACGUUUUUGCGUCUGGUUGUGCGAUUGCGAGGGCAUUCCCACUCUUUUCCCGCCGAUCCAGUGCCUCGAGGCGUACAGACAAACGUGUGGUCACAGUGGAAUUCCUACUGGUUGGACAGAACAAUGGCCCCAUUGAAGAAGCAACACUGGAGUGUCUAGCAAGUGCUGCUGAUGGAAUCCGUCUUGCAGCUCGCAUUGUGGACACACCCUGCAAUGAAAUGAACACUGAUAUUUUUCUCGAGGAAAUAAAGAUGGUUGGGAACGCAUUGGGGAUUGUUCCCACCAUUAUCCGGGGUGAGGAGCUGAAGGAGCAAGGAUUCGGAGGUAUAUAUGGUGUUGGGAAGGCAGCGGAAACUCCACCUGCACUUGCAGUUCUCAGUUACUUACCUGAAGGUGCUACACAGACCAUCGCCUGGGUUGGCAAAGGCAUUGUGUAUGAUACAGGAGGUCUCAGCAUUAAAGGGAAGACCACCAUGCCAGGAAUGAAGAGAGAUUGUGGUGGUGCAGCUGCUAUUCUUGGAGCUUUUAAGGCUGCUGUGAAACAAGGUUUUAAGGAUAAUCUGCAUGCUGUGUUUUGCCUGGCUGAAAAUGCUGUUGGACCCAAAGCAACUAGACCCGACGAUAUUCAUCAGAUGUAUUCUGGAAAGACAGUUGAGAUUAACAAUACUGAUGCCGAGGGGCGCUUGGUGCUGGCAGAUGGAGUAGCUUAUGCAUCCAAGGAUCUGGGGGCCGAUAUCAUCCUCGAUAUGGCAACGCUUACGGGAGCACAGGGUAUAUCUACAGGAAAAUACCAUGCUGCUGUGCUGUGCAACACUGAAGAAUGGGAGAUGGCCUGUGUUAAGGCUGGACGGACUAGUGGGGACCUGGCCCACCCUCUUGUCUACUGCCCUGAACUCCAUUUCAGUGAGUUCACCUCUGCCGUGGCUGAUAUGAAGAACUCUGUGGCUGAUCGUGACAAUGCUCAAAGUUCCUGUGCAGGUCUCUUUAUCGGUGCUCACAUUGGAUUUGACUGGCCUGGCAUCUGGGUCCAUGUUGACAUUGCUUCCCCUGUACACACUGGUGAGCGAGCGACUGGCUUUGGGGUGGCUUUCCUGUUGGCUCUGUUUGGCCGUGCUUCCAAAGACCCCAUGCUGAACCUCGUAUCCCCUCUAGGUGCUGGCACAGACCAACACUAUGCAAUGAGCGAGGGAGACGGUGGCAUGUCCAAGCGUAGGAGGCUGGUGUAAACUGGAGAGUAGCUGUGCACACAGUUAUGUCACUUAUAUAAUAAGUCAAUCAAUCACCAAUCCAACCAUCCAGGUAUAAUGCGUCUCAUGUCUAUGUGGGUAUUGCACUCUUCUUGAGGGGACUGUUGGCUUGUCACUUUGGUGGAGCUUACAAGCGGCAUUAACUAAAGGCUCAUGUCAGGCAUCACUGAAGUCUUGGCAUUACUUCAGGUUCAAGCUUUAAAAUCUCCUUUGAGCCCAAGUCUGUUCAAAAUGUAACCAAUUUGUAUACAAUCUCUGUUUCUUUCUGUCAGCAUUUAGUAACAAAUAAUAAAAUGGAAUCCAUAGAGAAACAUCGUCAAGUACCCAGGGGAGUGGGCCUUCCUGUUGCUUUAUUGCAGUGGUGGGAAUGUGGGCUCAGUACAACAGGCUAAUGAGAAUUGCUAUACCAAAUGGUUUUAUUCUUUUAAAAGACAUUCUCUGUUUGACUGAAUGUAUCGAUCAAAUUGGAACGCUUGAUCUUAUUAAAUCAUUUUGCACAAGUUUCUUUUUA